CGUGUCCUGCUGACGCGGCCAACGAGAAGCUUGAAGCUUUUGGGACACGGGCGGUGCUUGUUGUGUGGGCCACGAUCUAAACCCCAGAAGGAUCAGUGUCAGGUCCAUGUCCAUUUCCCUCCUGGUUAUCUUCCAUUCUCCCAGUCUCUCAGGCUCCAGCCAAAAACCAUUCUCAUUCCUUCCAUCUCCUAUUCUCAUCAAUCGUCUUAUUCCUCAGGCAUUAUAUGUCUGGUCGAGGAUGGAGUUUUGAGGCAAAAUUCUGGAGUCCUUUACCAUCGGGAUCAUGUCAAAUCGUUGACAAUCUGUUACUCUUCGUGAUCCGGCUUGUUUCUUGGUAGUUUCGCGUUUUGCUUCUUCUACUUGUUCAUCAUGAAGAUCUCUUCAUUUCAGACCGCAACAUUCUUCUCAUCCUUGGCUACGGCUGCUCUCCUUUCUUCUCCUCCUACAACUACCGAUUCCGCUCCCAAAAAUAUCGAGACCGUUGCGGGUACAACAGGUCCCGAUCAUAUUUCUAUCCAUUUCCGCGCUCCUUGCCAGGGCUGUUUUAUUGGUACAGACGAUGGUCUGGAACUUACACUCGAGAUUGAUGCCGCCGAGGAGGAAUGUAGCAGCUCCCCUCCCCGAUUAAACGGUCUCCCACUCGUCCUGACCAAAGGCAAUGAUGUUGGCCACGGACAAAUAUCUUUCAAAUCCAAAGCUUCCAAUGGCCUUGGAGAGAAAGAAAUCCACGCUACCUGGGAGUCGACAUGUCUAAAGGGCCAGGCCUCUAUCGUCUCUGUCCGUUUCGAUGACAUUGCCGGACAAAGUCACGUCAAAGGUUCUUCUGGCUUCACGACAUCCUUCAAGCAGAAAGGCAAACCAACCGUUCUGCGCCUUCAAGACAAGCCCCUGGGUCGCAUCUCAUCCGAUGGCAUUUGUGAUGAUUGGCUUCUACCGGAAGAUCAAAAACUUUCUGUCAUUCCCGUAAUGGCCGAUCCCGUACCUUCUCUCGACACUCUCCUGCAGAUUGAGUAUCUCAAGCUUGAAAGCCUCACUAAUGAGAUGGCUGACCUCCACGAUCAAAUACGCGACACCGAGGGCAAGAUUCUGUCGAUUCUCAAAGAAGACUUCAAAACAUGUUCAACCAUGAAAUGCCUUUGGCAGACUGCCAUCAAGAAGGCACCGGCAAUCAAACAACUGAUUGCUGCUCACUUCUCCCACCACAGGCACCACCGGGAUGGGUGUAAAGAGGGCGAGGGCCAAACAACUUGUUCCACGAAGACUGCAGAGGAGGUGGUCGACAGCUCGCCUCUUCCGCAUUCUGAGCUUCAUGUAGACGCCGAUGAAGUCGAAGUCGAUCAAAAUGCAGCUCCGUCUGCUGCUGCCACUACCCGUUCUUUGCCAACACCCACCGCCAAUCCGGUGCCUAUUGAUGGACUAGACAACCAUGGAGACUUGACCCCACCACCACCUCCUACGGCCGCAGAAUCAGAAGCCGACACAGUGUCACACCCUCCACCAUCAUUCGAGGAUUCAAGUAAAGAUGCCGCGCACCCCCAUCAGCCUCCAUCCGACGGACCUGGAGAACACGACCCUCCAUAUCAUCCUCCAUGGUCUGAUUCCGAGGACAAGGAACAUCCUCAUCACCCGCCGUGGUUCGAUGGACACAGCGGUAAAGACCAUCCUCCGGCCCCGUUCGACAGCCCACCACCGUUCCAUGGACGACCUCCGUUCGAUGGGCCACCUCACCCUCACUUUGGUCCACCUCACGGUCCUCCUCCCGGACAUCACGGUCCGCCACCGUGGGCAUUCGGACCUCACGGCGGCCCUCCAGAUCGUCAUCAUGGACACCCUCACGGUCCGCCCAGGCUAGGACGCCUAAGACCCGACGGCCGACGCAGCUUCGAAUACAAACUAGCUUUAGCAGUUCUCUCGCUCCUGUUGCUCGUCAUAGUUUCCGCAGUCCUCUUCAAGCUGAUAAAAGCCAAAACAUCAUGGUACCGAGAUCCCCGUCGCCAAGCCGAACGUGCGGCACGCAGGGAAGAGCGUCGGACGAAGAAGCUUUAUCGCAAGGCGGCCUGCAAACAUAAGUUGUCGACGUGGUGGAAGCGGUAUCAAACGAAACCGUCGGAUGACUAUGAAGAGAAGAGACAGAUGAUCCUCGAGCAGGAGGGUAUACUGGAGGAUGUGAUGCAAAACGAAAUCCGCAAUCUACAAAGUGCUUCCGACUUUGUUCGGGACAUAAUCCGAGCGGAAGAGGGUCGGGCCCGGAGCGACCAUCACGGUCAUGUAUAUCAGAACGGAUAUUCCCGGGCUUACACGCCUGCCGAACUUGAGGCUGGCGUUGGGCCGAGUCGAUUAUCUGACAUCCCUCCCUCAUAUUCAGCUCCACCAGCAUAUGAGGAAGAACUUGCGGGAGAACUCACGGUUGUUGAUGGGUUCCGCUAUACGCCGAGCAACACAGACGAUACCCCGGAGAGCAGUAUUGUCGAUUGCAGUCCGAGGCUCAGCUUUGAGACGGGAAGGUCGACAAUCCUGACCAAAGAUGCUCGAGGUUAGAUUUUGGCGUAUGCCAUGUCUUAUUGUCAUGUUAGCUUUUGCCUCUUGUCACGAUUUUAUGUGUUGGAGUAAGUCGGCGGGUAUUAUCCUGGGAGCAUGCGCCGGAGCUGGAGGGAACGGGCAUUGGGCGAUGUAAUAGUCCACCUAUCGGGUUUGGGACAAGCAUUCGGUAUAGAGCUACUGGGGAACUAAGUAACUGUCGACACCUCCUUCGGCCUUGAGUCUCUUUCGGAACAGUGAUAGUAUUCUAGGUUCCCCUCGACAUCCAUCUAGAUCUAGCCCAAGAUAAAUUACUGCC